AUGGCCGGCGAUCCACGAGCGCUGCUGCGACAGGCAGAAGCAUCACUGCAGAAAGCAUCUGGUGGCUUCAGCUUCUUCAGCAACAAGCAAGACAAGUAUGAGGCAGCCGCAGAUCAAUUCAUCGCUGCAGCAAAUGCGUUCCGGAUGCAAAAGAUGGGCAAGGAGGCAGGCGAGGCUUUCGAAAGGGCAGCAUCAGUACAACGUCAGAAUCUGAACGAGCCUGAUGACGAAGCAAACACGCUUACAGACGCCUUCAAGGCCUACCGCAAAGAUGACCCAGAAGCAGCUGCGCGGUGUCUAGACAAAGCCAUUGCGCAUUACUGCAGCAAGGGCAACUUCCGCCGUGCAGCCACCCACAAGCAGAACCUUGCAGAGCUCUACGAAGUCGAGCUUGGUGACAACACCCGAGCUGCAGCCGCAUACGAGGAAGCGGCUGGCUGGUAUGAGAGCGACAAUGCUGAAGCACUUGCCAACAAGCUUUGGCUCAAGACCGCCGACCUCGUCGCUCUAGAAGGCAAGGACUACUACAAAGCCAUUGAGCUUUACGAGAAAGUUGCCAGAACUUCGAUUUCUAAUAACCUUAUGCGCUGGUCCGUCAAGGAGUACCUACUCAAGGCUGGUAUCUGCCAGUUAUGCACAGGCGACCAGGUCGGUGUCAACACUGCGCUUGACAGGUAUAGAGAGCUGGAUCCAAGCUUCCAGCAGCAGAGGGAGCACGCACUGCUUGUUGACUUGGCAGCUGCAGUGCAAGACGGUGAUCAGGAGGCGUUUUCUGAGAAGUUGUUCAAUUUUGACCAGCUCACCAAGCUUGACAAGUGGAAGACUACACUUUUAUUGCGAGUCAAGAACACGAUUGAAGAAGGAGGCGAGGACUUCUCGUAG